CCCAAAGGGGCGGGAUGGGAAGCCCAUCGGAACCCGUGUCCCUCGUAUGCAGCCGUCACCUCGUUUAAGAACUCCCUCUCCCGCUCUCAUUGUUCCAAGAUCGACUGUAAUGGACGUUGGAAUCCCUUCUUUGUAGUUUACCUGCGAUGAUGCCCAACCUCAGACACACGACAAGACUUCUGUGCGGGUGAGCUAGGCUUACUCUACUUUCUUGCCUUGCUGCCGUGUAACAAUGGCAAGUUGGUCUGCUAAAGUCAUCAGCCAUGACGGAAGAAGGGGACCCGGUCGACGAGGCGAACUUCGAGGACGGCCAACGUGAGCUUCUCCCAUGGGACUCUCGAAAAAAAGAGGUGUGGGAAUUGGGCAUCCUUUCCAACUCGAGGAAAGAUGACCGGACCCUGCCUCUCAAUUGCUGCAGAGCGCAGACAAAAGAACCCCCCUACCCCGGCCUAAGGGGAAAAAAUACCUACGCGGUACAACACCACGAGUCUCUCUUCCUGUGCCAGCACUCGGGGCAUUUGUCAUUCCCUGAGCGACACAGCUUGCCGAUCCUUUCUUUGUCUUGCUGCGAUCCGCGUGGCUGGCCGGGUCCGUCAAUGUCAGGUUCUGUCCCAUCGGCAUCCCCAACCAUCAAGGGGGGAAAUUCCAAACUCGGUUUGUCAGUUGAUUGUUUCUAUACUGGGUGGACACCCGCCCAUUACAAGACAAAUAAGAGUCGACUUGCGCCGUCCUUUCGUCGAUACCUUUUGACCGACGACGUGGGUAGAAAUCCGUCUCUGGCAAGGGGACGUUACGGCGUCCAUAUCUGUAGACUCUGGGGAGGGCAGAGCUUGGUAGCGGGCCUGUAGGCAGGCCUUGGCACCCACCACCCCUUGUCGCGAGCUGUUCUCGCUAUUCAGAGACUGGCGAUGCCCGGGCUGGUCUCAUCAUCGUGCGCAUCUGCUGCGACGAUGUGAGCCCAUGAGGGGUCCAUGAGGUUGCAAAAGAUCGUCAAGAGUCCGUCAGAGGCAACUUCGCCUUCCAUCUACAACCGUCACGUAUGCGGCCGAUCCCGUCGGGUUGGUCACCAUCGCAUGUCCUCGUCCAGUUACCAAUGUUCAACGAACAAUGGCACACUACUAGGCACGCCGCUUAAUUGCAUGUUCGCGGCGGUGGCCAUUUCUGCUUGACCCCUCAGCAUAUGCCGCAACAC